CCCUAUAAAUGCUGGCCUGGCAGGCGUCGCCAGGCUCAGAGUCACUCAGCUCUGCUAAGGCAGCCACACAGCCAGUAAGCCUCCGGCACAAAAGCAGCAAGAAACUGGGCACCAUUGGACAUCACACUGGCUGAGACUCAACAGUAUUAACGGCGAACCUCGGAGGACACGAUGGCCACGGAAAGCACCGCCACAUUUGACUCAGCUGGUCAUGAACAGCUGAAGGACGGGCCUUCAAUCCAUGAGCAUGUUGACCCCUGCCGUGAAGCCCACCUAGACGACCACCAGCAGACACCCCCCUUUAUUUCCAGCGUAGAGCACGCGGAGCCGAGCAGGGAGCCUCAUCUUCAAUGUGCAGCCUUAGAGUGUGAUAGCCAGGCGUGGCCACCAGAGGGAGACAUUACUCCACCGACCGUCGCAGAAGACGUCGUUUCUGGAGUUCAGCCGGAGGAGCUCCCAGAAGAGAAAGGGGAUACGGGGGCCACCCAAAUUCUACAUUCUGAUCCAGAAGUCGGGAUUAAUUUGACCCUUUCAGAAAAUCAACAAGAAAAUGAAGAUAAACUCAAGAAGAAGGAGGAGGAGAUGAAUGAGGAAAAUGAGCAGGUGAAAGGCCCCACUGGGUCCCCAGUUUCAGAGGUGGGGGCUGAGCCAACAGAGAAGGCACCGAGCGACCUGGUAGACAGUAACCCCCUGGACUUCCGGUUGGCCAGACAGCAGUGGGCUGAGCUGGAGACUGGUGCCUGUAAGCCCCCUCAGCUUCAGGAGGACAACAGAAGCUGCAGCGGGAAAGAAAAGCCCUGCAGUGGAGAGAAGGCAGUGGCAGAGGUGCCCUCCACAUGGCAGAGCCACAGGGAUGACGCUGGAGGGAGGGAGCUGGCACUCGACGAGCAGGACUCACAGGAGCAGGGCUCCAGGCCGCCUACCCUAGCAACUGUUGCUCCAGAAGCAGCCAAUGGGAAGGCUGAGGAGGUGCUGGCUGGAGAUGGGGAGGAGCCAGCAGGCAGUGAGCUGACAGGUGGGGAGAGUCAGCCGGAGACGGAGGAAGGCAGCAGCACACCGGGCUGCUGGCCACCUGGAGACGACACUGGAAGCAGCGCACCCACCGGCCCAAUGGAGACGGAGAUCGCAGAUAACAUGAGCGACAGCGGUGUCUCGGCUGACUUCUCCCCGGGCAGCACCCUGGAGCUGAGCUCGGGCCCGGAUGGUCCUCCACCUUGUGAGACGCCUAUUGAGAAGGAGAUCCGCCUGGCCAUGGAGAGGGAAGAGAGCCUGAGGAAAGCCAGGGGCAUCUCCAAGCCCACUGUGUCUGAGGAGUACGUGGAGAUCCCGCUCAUGAAGCCCAUCCUGGCGCAGCCCCUGCCUGUUGCCCUUGGCAAGGGCAAAGAAAGGCAGUUUGCUGGCAAGCAGAUGCAGAAGGAGAUCUUGAUGGACACCAAGCGGGAGGAAGACCUGGUCCAAAUGGGGAAGGUGCCUGGCGAGUACGACCGGGGCGGAAACCAGGAGCUACAUGAGAAGAAAAUCCUUUUUGAGCAGUUUCAGGAAAAAUGUCCGGAAAACCCAGAGACCCCUCUAUCCAGGAAGCCAUCAUCUCCAUCUUCUAUGGAUGUCAUGGAGGCAGAUGGAGCAAUGCAGAGCUGCCCAAACCCACAGGACGUGCCAGGGAGUGCCACCAUCCCUGUUCCUGCUUGUCCAGCACCAAAGGGUCCUUCUUUGUCAGAGGGGAUUAGCGGCAACGUCAUCAUCCUGGAGAAUUCCAUAGCACUCCAUCCCAUUGUGGAUGCACCUGCCUUGAAUGCCAUUUAUGGCCUGCCAGCCUCCAGCUCAUCGCAUGCCUGCCAGGGGUCAACCUUCCCAGAAGAGUCGGUCACCAUCCUGGAUUCGCGGAGCCUCUUAUCCAAGCAUAACGGAUCAGAGAAGGUGCAGCUGGAGGAUGGCAUCCCGAAGGAGAAUCCCUUCUUCAAACUGCGGUCCUCCAAGGCGUCCCAGCCGGUGGUGGAACAGGACAUCCGGGAGGCCCAGGAGCGGGAGAUGGAGUUGCGGAGGCAGAGGUACAGCCUGUACGGGUCCGAGGGGCCUCAGGAGGGCACUGGAGGUGGUGAGGAGGAGCCGCCCAGCGCCCCCACGCCAGCAGAGCGGCUCUCCUCAGGCAAGCUGGACGUGACCUGGCCACCUCCCCAGAGCACAGCAGCCGAGGGCGACCAAGCUGAGAUGAACAGAAGUCCAAAGCCCCCCCGGCAGAAGACCCCCUUGCUGCAGCGCUGGGAGACUGGCAUGGUGAACGGACACCAGGAAGAGUAAGCGCAGAGCCAGGUGGACUCCUUAUUAAAAAAAGUCCUGGAAUUUUCUUUGGAAUUCUACUCGAGGCAGGAGCUGGUGGCCAUUUUGUCUCCACCUUUGGAUCAAAUGGACUGGAGCAACACUCAUUAACAACACAUUGACUGACGAAAGAGACGAAACCUCGGGACCCCUAAGGGCUGUUCCUGCCCCCAGGUUCUUCUGAUUUUUAAGAUGCACUAAGCAGACCCCCAGAACCAACACCCCCUCCCCUUGACUUAAUGCCCAACAGAACAAGUUUUUCUCAAUCUGAUGGAGACGGUGACGAUCAAUCGCAUUUACUAGUAACAGAAUCAUUCUCACUGAUUAUAUUUUGUUGAUUUGUUUCUUAGAAUAAGACAUGGUUGACCUAAGAAGAACAAAUGAAUUUUCACACUACCCCUCUCAGAUGUCUGUUGUUUAUUAUUAUCCUAUCUGUUGACUGCAUACAGGAGGUUAUGAAAAAUCUGGAAACAGAAGGGUGAUGCCCUUCAAUCAUAAUUGCAACAUAUUAUACGAAUUAGUGUGCCCCCUAGAGGACCCUGGGGGUGGUGUGUAUUGGCAGGUGCUGCCACUCCCAGAUCCACCCUCUGCCAGGCAAAGCAUAAAUGGGACAGUAAGAACCAGUGGUGAUCUGCAGACCUGGACAAACCAUGGAUAAAAAAAAAGAACUGUAUUGAAAUGUAUAAAUGGCAAACUGGCAGGAAUUCAGAAAACAAGGCAGGCAAGCAAGGGUAUUGAAAAUGCUAGACAGAAAAACGAUAAACUCAAAAAUGAAAUGAGUGAAUGUGAACAUCCAGAAAAAGUGCCAGGAGAGGAAUCAGGAAUGGCGACUGUUGAAGAGGCAGAAAGACACCCAGCACUAGGGCACCCCCCCCCCCUUUUAAAUCCUCUGUUCCUGGCGUCAUGUCAGCUUUUUAAUCAGUCUGGCAAGGCAGCAGACAGACAUGGGAGGGACCAGGGUCACGAACCGGAAAUGGGAGUGUCUGGGGGUGGAGCCUCAGGCAAUGGAGGGGACAAACAGAAAGUGAUAUCAGAGUAAGGAUGGGGUGUGGCUUAAGAUGAAGGAGGGGCCAAUCACAACACAAAGUGAAAGGAGGGUCUGGGGGUGGAGCUCAUGAUGCAGGAGGGGCCAAGCCCAAAAAGGAGGUCAAGGGAAGGAUUGGGGAGGAGCUUAAGAUCAAGGAGGGGCCAAGCACCAAAAAGGAGAUAAAAAGAAAUGGAUGGGUGUCACAGAUGUAGACAUGGUGGACAGAAACAUCCAAAUGGACAGGAAGAUUUGUUUAAGUGAUCUUGGCUUUCCAAAGGGGCAAAGAAAAGAAAAAGUAGCAUCUAAGCUCAUUUUAAAUUUUAAUUACUGACCCCCAGUGCCAAAAUGAAACCAAAACUCGAAAUCAAAAAGAUAGCAGAAUUCACACUCCUAAGCCUGUUUCAUGUCCCUUCACUGUCUAGCACUCGUCUUCAUUAUUUAUUUGGCACUUUAAUCCCAAAUCUAAACUACUGGGUGUGUCAGUGUCUUUUUACAGGGGAAUUGUGGUCCCCCAUCAAACAAUGUGGCAGUGCCAGUGCAAGCAGCUUUUAAAAUUUGGUGUCCAUAGAAAAACAGCAAACAAAACAAAAAUAACAAAAGCAAUUGAUAAUAAAUAUCUAUACAGGGUACAAAUGAUACGUGUUUUUGACAGAUAGCAGAAAAACAGAAAGCUGGAGGGGCAGAUCUUCAAACAUGGGUGGGACUAAACACUAAAAAAGGGAAUGAAGACCUAAGGGGUGGAGCCUCAGGGAAAGGAGGGGCCAAGUACCAAAAAAUGGAGGAAAAAAGAAGAGAUGUAGUGGAGCUUCAGACAUGGGUGGGACUAAACACUAAAAGGAGACAAAGGAGGGCUGAAGGUGGAGCCUCAGUUAAAGGAGGGGCCAAGCAUGAAAAGGAGGGAGAAAGAAGGGCUGGGGGUGGAGUUUUAGAUAUGGGUGUGACCAAUCACCAAAAGCAAAUAAAAAAGGGUUGAAGGUGGAGUGUCAGGUAAAGAAGGGGCUAAGGAGAAAAAUGAGGGAAAGAAAAGGGCAGGGCAUGGAGCUGCUAACAAGGGGUGGGGCCAAGCACCAAAUAUAGGGAAAGAGAAGGGCUGGGGGUGGAGCCUCAGGUAAAGAAUGGGCUAAACAUGAAAAAAAAAGAAAAAGAAGGGCUAGGGGAGGAGCUUCAGUCAUAGGCGGGGCCAAGCACCAAAA